AUGGCGGCGCCCGCCCGGCUGUGCCGCUGCCUCCUCCCGCUGCUGCUGGCGGCCAUGGGAGCGGGAGCGGCCGCCGGCACCCCCGGCACCCCGGGCUGCGGCUGCAGCGCCAGCCGGGCCGCCGGGGACGGGCGGGAGGAGGCGGCGCGGCGCUACUCUGCGGCGGCGGGCAGCGGGCGGAGCGGCGGGCAGGGGCCGAUGGUGCUGAUCCCAGCUGGGGUGUUCACCAUGGGCACCCAGGAGCCCCAGAUCCAGCAGGAUGGAGAGGGCCCAGCCCGCAGGGUGCACCUUGGCAGCUUCUACAUGGACCAGUACGAGGUCAGCAACCGGGACUUCGAGAGCUUUGUCAACGCCACGGGCUACGUCACUGAGGCAGAGAAGUUUGGUGACUCCUUUGUGUUUGAGGGGAUGCUGAGUGAGGCAGUGAAGGCUGAUAUCCACCAAGCAGUGGCAGCUGCUCCCUGGUGGUUGCCUGUGAAAGGAGCCAGCUGGAGGCACCCUGAGGGCCCCGACUCCAGCAUCUCCAGCAGAAUGGACCACCCAGUGCUUCAUGUGUCCUGGAAUGAUGCCCUGGCCUUCUGCAGGUGGGCAGGGAAGCGGCUGCCGACCGAGGCCGAGUGGGAGUACGGCUGCCGAGGGGGGCUGGAGAGCAGGCUUUUCCCAUGGGGCAACAAACUGCAGCCCAAAGGGCAGCACUAUGCCAACAUCUGGCAGGGAGAAUUCCCCACCAACAACACAGCAGAGGAUGGCUACAAGGGGACUGCACCUGUCUCUGCCUUCCCCCCCAAUGGCUACGGCCUCUACAACAUGGUGGGCAACGCCUGGGAGUGGACAUCGGACUGGUGGGCUGUGCACCACUCCCCCCAGGACCUCCACAACCCUCAAGGGCCGCCCUCGGGCACGGACAGAGUGAAGAAAGGUGGAUCCUACAUGUGCCAUAAGUCCUACUGCUACAGGUACCGCUGUGCAGCCCGGAGCCAGAACACGCCCGACAGCUCCGCGUCCAACCUGGGCUUCCGCUGCGCCGCCAGCCGCGCCCCGGGGCCCCACUGAGCCACCCCGGGCAGGGCAGGCACGGCAGGGCUGCACCCCCCAGGGCCAGCCACCCAGCGACAGCAACCCGAGCACAGCCCUGGCUGAUGGCACCACGGAAAAACCUGGCCUGGAGCUCCUGCUGAGGGAAGAAAAACCAGCACGACUCGAGAGCGCUUGGAGAACCUUCGUGUUCGUGAGCAACCUGGCCUGGGUGUUUGGGUUCAACUGGAACAAAACUGAGCAGAAACGUGGCAAUCGUGUUUUCAAAGAUUACUUAAUCCCAGAAUUAGGCUGGAAAAGCCUCCAGGAUUAUUGAGUCCAGCCCUUGACUGAUCACGACCUUGUCAACUACAACAGCUCCUCUUUAGACAGAAUCUUUAUUAAUGAAUUUAUGUAGAACUUCUACACUCAAAUGCAAUAAGUGAAGACUUUAUAAACUUCUAGACAGCUUUAAAAGCAAUUCUAGGCAAUUAGGAAAUUCUAGGCAGCUCUGAGAGACAAUGAAGGAGUCAAGAAUGAGGGCUGGGAGCUGACAGCUCUCCCCACAGGCAGCUUGCCCUUUGUUACAUUCCACUUGCAGUGAAAAUCAUGUCCAGAAAUGGGCUUCUCCUGGGGAGAUAUUUGCUGCUCUUUAGGAAGUGCCUUCUGCAGCUGAGGGAGAUGAUCCUCAGGGUGAUGAUGAUUAGAAAUCUUGUACAUAUUUGAAUAAAAUAUCAAG